AUGGGGCUCAAUUUGACCCUGGCAAAAUUACCAGAUUCUGAGCUGCACAGCAACUCGAGCCAGGGUUGGGGGUGGAACAGCACAGCCCGCAGUGAGUUUGACAGCAUCGUGCUGCCGGCACUGUAUCUCAUCAUAUUUGUGGCCAGCCUACUGCUCAAUGGUUUGGCUGUGUGGAUCUUCUUCCACAUCCACAACAAGACCAGCUUCAUCCUCUACCUCAAGAACAUCGUGGUGGCGGAUCUGUUGAUGACUCUGACCUUCCCCUUCCGGAUUGUGCAUGACGCGGGGCUAGGAUCCUGGGUCCUCAAACCUAUCCUCUGCCGAUAUACUUCGGUGCUGUUCUAUGCCAACAUGUACACCUCCAUUGUAUUCCUGGGCCUCAUAAGCAUUGACCGCUACCUGAAGGUGGUCAAGCCAUUUGGGGACUCUCGCAUGUACAGUGUGGCCUUCACCAAGGGCCUGUCCAUCUGUGUCUGGGUGACCAUGGCCCUGCUGGCACUGCCCAAUGUCAUCCUCACAAACGUCCAGCCCACUCAGGACAACAUGCAUGAAUGCAUGAGACUCAAGAGUCCACUGGGGCGCCAGUGGCACACAGCUGUAGUCUACAUCAACAGUUGCCUCUUUGUGACCGUGCUGGUCAUCCUUAUUGGCUGCUACAUUGCUAUCUCCAGGUACAUCCACAAAUCCAGCCGGCAGUUCAUCAGCCAGUCGAGCAGGAAGCGGAAACACAACCAGAGCAUCCGGGUAGUAGUGGCCGUGUUCUUUACCUGCUUCCUGCCUUAUCACUUGUGCCGCAUUCCCUUCACCUUUGCCCACUUGGACCGUCUCCUGGAUGAGUCGGCACAUAAGCUCCUGUACUAUGGCAAGGAAAUGACGCUUUUCUUGUCAGCCUGCAACGUGUGCCUGGACCCCAUCAUUUACUUCUUCAUGUGCAAGUCCUUUUCAAGGAGGCUCUUCAAGAAAUCCAACAUCAGAACCAGGAGCGAAAGCAUUAGAUCCCUGCAGAGUGUCCGGAGGUCCGAGGUGCGCAUCUACUAUGAUUACACGGAUGUAUAG